AUGGUCUCGCGUGCUCAUCGACCAUGGCAUAUUCGUCUACUCAGUGCAACCAUCAGCGGGAUCGUGUGGCCAUUUGAGCUUGUCUACCACAUUUUCCAAUAUUGGCGAGAACGCCGACCUGUUCACCCACUAUCGCGCUCUCGAAAACGUGCUCUGACCCUACCUUUACCUGAAACAUCAUACCGUGGUUGGAGGCCAAAAAAGACACAUAACCAAGCACAGUCGCUCUUUUUACAAAAGUUGCCGUACGAUAUCCGACGACAGAUAUACGAAUACGUGUUAGCUCCACCGGAAGUUCUACAUGUUCUGGCUACCCGCUCCAGCCGCCUCGCUAGUGUGAGAUACUCAGAGUCGGUACAUGUGUUUUAUACAGAAAACACUCUGGCUAUCCGGGAUGAUGUUCUUCGAAAACUUCCAGGCGCAAUGUUACCUCAUCGCCUAGCAUCUAUCCGUAAAAUGAAUAUUGAAACCGCUAUAAUAAGUAAGAGUGAUCGUAGGUCCGAUAUCUCACACGCGGUGUGGAAAGACUCGUAUCGUUUUUGGACGGAUGCAUGUCGAGUUCUUGGUGAAAUGGGUACCUCAGGCUGUGAUCUUAAAAGACUUGAGAUCAGAUUGAACUAUUUUCAUGCAGCAAUGCAAGAUGGAGAUCCGCGAGAUGGAAAUCUUGGUCCUAAUGAUGACUUACUUCUUGAGAUGUUAACUCCUCUCUUGGAUCUGAAGAUCCCGGAAUUCCGCGUCAUCCUUCAUAAUUGGCCCCAGCAAAGAGAAGACGUGUCGCGUAUUCUUGAAAUGGAUCCUCCGUUUUCUAUUGAGGGAGACCUUUGA